AUGCCUCCAAAAGCUGCUGAGAAGAAGCCCACCACUGGCGGCAAGGCCCCAGCUGGAAAGGCUCCCGCUGCCGAGAAGAAGGAAGCUGGCAAGAAGACUGCCGCCGCUCCCUCUGGUGACAAGAAGAAGCGAGGCAAGACACGAAAGGAGACUUACUCUUCAUACAUCUACAAAGUCCUCAAGCAAGUCCACCCUGACACUGGUAUCUCCAACCGCGCCAUGUCUAUCCUGAACUCUUUCGUCAACGACAUCUUCGAGCGCGUCGCCACUGAAGCCUCCAAGCUUGCUGCUUACAACAAGAAGUCCACAAUCUCAUCCCGAGAGAUCCAAACGUCCGUCCGAUUGAUCCUGCCGGGUGAACUUGCAAAGCAUGCUGUGUCUGAGGGCACAAAGGCUGUCACCAAAUACUCGUCUCAAAGCAAGUAA